UUGGUGUUGGUGUUGGGCAGCAGUAACUCGGAGCGCCCCCUGUCGCAGCUGCCGUUAUAUAUUUCCCUCUCACCAUUGCCGAGCGUGAGCUGGUGAUCUCAAUGAACUGAGUGGGGCUUUCUUUAGUCAGGGAGGAGGAGGAGGGGAAGAUAUUGCAACACAAAACCCUAAUAAUCUGGCAGGCAGCGGGUGAAGAAAGCGCCGGGUUGUGCCUCUCCUGUGUGCGAGGCCGUGUAGUCGGCUGGAUGUCCGCGUUACACUGAAGGCAGCCCGCGGUGUGUGUGUGUGGGCCGGACCGGACCGGACCAGGACUCAGUGUACGGAAUUAAGCGGAACGGAGAAGCGCCUGAUCCAGAGCUCAAGCGCCGAUAGCAGCUCACACUCCCGGGUUUGCGAUGAGCCGGCAGUCGGCAUCGAUCUAGGUCCUUAUACUUCGCGUCUUGCUCUCUUUAAAAAAAAAAAAAAAAAAUGCUUAAUUUUGUUUCGUUUCCGGGAUUAGUUGGCGCGUAUUGGAAAGAAAAUGUAAAUGCAGGAAAAAAAAAACAACCCCACAUUUAACUGGGGCUUUGGGGAAAGUCGCUCUUGAUCAACGGAGGAUGUGAAUGUUUGAUAACCUACACACAGUUUGAGUUUCAUUUCCGCACUUGUUCGCCUUGAAGAUGCAGACCUGGCUUAAAGGCAAGCGGGUCGGAUACUGGCUGAGCGAGAAGAAGAUCAAAAAACUGAAUUUCCAGGCCUUCGCAGACCUUUGCAGGAAAAGAGGCAUCGACGUUGUGCAGCUUGAUUUGGAGAAACCACUCGAGGAACAGGGGCCACUUGAUGUUAUCAUUCACAAACUGACAGAUGUCAUCCUGGAGGCCGACCAAAAUGAUGCCCAAUCCCAGGCGCUGGUGCAGAGGUUUCAGGAUUAUAUUGAUUCGCACCCAGAGACCAUCAUCCUGGACCCACUCCCUGCAAUCAGGACCCUCCUGGAUAGAUGUAGAUCCUAUGAGCUGAUUCGCAGACUUGAAGGCUGCAUGCAAGAUGACCGCAUUUGCUCGCCUCCAUUUAUGGAACUCGCCAGUCAGUGUGGUGAAGACACGAUGGCAGAGCUGAAGAAACACAAGCUGACAUUCCCAUUCAUUUGCAAAACCAGAGUGGCACACGGCACCAACUCUCACGAGAUGGCGAUCAUUUUCAGUGAAGACGGCUUGAAAGACGUGAAGCCGCAGUGUGUGAUCCAGAGCUUUAUCAACCACAAUGCGGUUCUCUACAAAGUAUUUGUGGUCGGGGAGUCGUACACGGUGGUGGAGCGGCCAUCACUCAAGAACUUUUCCCCCGGUGUUUCAAGUCAGUCACGGGGUGGACCCGAUAGAAAUACAAUAUUCUUCAACAGCCACAAUGUUUCAAAACCAGAAUCUUCAUCUGAUUUAACAGCGCUGGAUGUGGUGGAAGGAGACUGCCGGCCACCCAGCGACGAAGUCAUCCGGAAAAUCUCCAGGAAUCUGCGUGAAGCGCUUGGGAUUUCCCUGUUUGGCAUUGACGUGAUUAUCAAUAACCAGACUGGCCAGCACGCUGUCAUUGACAUCAAUGCGUUCCCAGGAUAUGAAGGCGUGCCGGAGUUCUUCACAGAGCUGAUAAACCACAUUCAAGUCGUCCUGCAAGAUCAAAAUCCGGAGUCUCCUCAGUUCAGCCAGAACAACAGUGCGCCCGAGCAGGCCGCAAGCAUUUGUGGGGACCGCGCCUGUCCUGCCGCCUCGGGCUUUGUGACCAUGGCGACCAAGGAGACGUGGCUUCUGGAAGACGACCCGAGCAACAGCAAGAGGUUGCAGCACCAGCGGCUAAGUUGCAAUUCAGCUCUGCCGCCCAACUUUCAGAACUGCGUCGCUCCCAUGGCAACUAAAGCUUCUUCGCAAUAAAUACAGACUAAAACCGAGAGAGAGAGAGUGAGGAAAAAAAAAUCAUUAAUGGGGAGCAACGUGAUUCAGUUUCUUAAAUCAAUAGACCAAUUUAUGUUGUGUUUGAAUGAGUUCACAGACUGGUGCAGAAACUGGAGCACAGUGUCGAAAGGUUUCUUGACGAGCAGUUUGUAGACUCUUUGAUAAAAUGUGGACACUCAGUCUAGUUCUGGUCAGGCAUUGAUAAUAGCAAAAAUCACUUAGAUAGGGUUUCACCAUUCUCAUCGGGAAUCCGUUAUAAUUGGCUAAUUUGGUUCAUCAGAAAUCCUUCCCCUUCCAUCCCCCCUAUUCGGGCAUUUAAUUUCCCCCUCUCGUGGCAACCCGCUCCCGUCAGUGCAAAAGGACCUCUUUUUAAAACCGUUACAUAGUUUUGCUCUCAGGAGCUGCAAGCUAUUGUAAGAGUUCUGUGUAGUCGGCUAAACUCCAGUGGGACUUGUUCUGUCAAUGUGUAAGAAUCGCGCUGGUGUUUUGGACGGGACAUUCGGGAGGCUCUAUCUGACACAAGCCAAUACAAAUUCUGCACUUAAAUAAAUUUGCAAAAGAUAAAGUUGAGGCGAUUGUUGAAAUAUGAUGAGGUGGGAUGGGUCCAAAUAAUAGCACAGUUGCUUGGGAACUAAAUGACUUCUGAAAAUACACAGGAUGGAAUCCAAGAACACAGAUAUGAUGAUAUAAUAUCUUUUGUGGUCUAAUUAUUGUUACAUUUAAUCAUUGUUAGCAAUGUACUUCCAUGUGUCUCUUGGUUUGAAAGAAAGGUGUGUCAAAACUGCAUAUAGCUGCAAUGCUUCAUAUGUUUUCCACUGUGUCCAUAGAUCGGGGUGUUUACAGUGCAAUGCUACAAAAUACUCAUUACUUUUCUGAUAAUCCCCUUUCGAAGAAGGAAAAAGAAGAGUGACUUUGAGGAAUGUUUGGGAUGUCUUGGCUCAUAAACCAGGCCUGCCAUUUGCAAGCUGUGGGUUGCUGGGGUCUCAAAGUUCUUUCCCAUGAUUAGAAGGUUUUGGGCAUUUUGGAGUUUCGGAGACAGUCUGCAGUGAAUCUGUGUUUGGAUGAGUUUAGAAAGUAAUAGCAAAAGAAAGUGCCCGAAGUGCUCAGAUAAGCACUUGACAAGUUAAAGUUAGAGGGGAGAAGUUAAUCUCUUGAAACCAAAGGUAAGUGGGCAUUUGUAUUUCACAAUUCCACCACCCCUUGCAUCCACUGCUCCUGGAGGCACCUUGUUUUACACAAAACUAAAACCUAUAUUUUUCUGACUCAAACCCAAAGUGCAUCCAAAUAAAAUCUGCAUCAUGUUUUGGUUUAAUAGUCACUCCAGUCACUUGAUUUAUUUACAAAAGCAUUUCUGAGAAGAUUUGAUUGAGAUUAUUCUAAAUAGCUACGCCUUUACACUGGCCUAAUCUUGCAGCUUUUAAAUGUAACCCAGGCUAGGGAAUUAUUUGGAUGUGUUCCUUCUCCCCAUGGAAACCAGGGCCAAAUAUGUUUACAGCACAUUGUCUAGUGCACUAAAUAUUAGACAACCACUUUGGCAUGUUAGCACAUUUCCUCUCUUGCCUCGUUGGAUGAGACUAGUGUGAGGCGGUGGAGGGACUGCCCUUUAACACUGGUUCAUUCUUCAAUAUCACUACUGAAAGGUUCAUUUAGCAGUUUUAAAUCAUGAGAAGUUACAACUUUUAAUUUUGUUUGCUAUUGAAUUAGAGCUUCACAACAUUCAUGUCCAUGUGCAAUAUUACCAGGAGGUGGCACUUUUAGUUAACGUUGAUGGUUCCUGAGUGGAUGGGUACGGGGCACCUGCUGUUUAGAGCCAUGUGGAGAAUUUAACAUUUGAUCUCCCACGUUCCUGCUUGUGGAAAUUCGGAACAGACACAUCUCCCUCAAAUUUACCUGAAGAAAUUUGAGGGGGUGGAGGGAUGGGAGGUGAGGGGUGGAUUUGGGUUGGGGGGGAGUUGUACUCUGGACUUUAACGUGCACCAUUUAGUAGUCAUAUAUAACAUAGCACGGUACAACACAGGAAUAGACGCUUUGGCAUACAAUGUGCAGGCUGACCACAAUGCCAUGCUAAACCAGUCUCCUCUACCUGCACCGAAGAUGGACACAAAAUGCUGGACUAACUCGGCAGUUCGGGCAGCGUCUCUGCGGAGAAGGAAUGCAUGAGGUUUUGGGUCGACAAUCUUCUUCAGACUGAGAGUCGGGGAGAGGGAGACUAGAGAUAUGAAAGUGUAAGGUGUGAAAACGACGGAUCAAAGCAGCCGAUGAUCAAGGGAAGUGUAGAAUGGUUCAUUGUUAGCUGAGGGGAAGGUGACGAGGAGUCAUGCAAUCAAGAACAUUAAUCAGAAGGACAGUGAAACUAGUUGGAAAACUCGGGUGGGGGAGGGACGGAGAGGGAGGGAAAGCAUAUGUUAUUUGAAGUUAUCUGCACAUGAUCUAGCCAAACUUAAUGGCAAUAUUAGAUAACGAUUAUUUAGAAACAUAGAAAUUAGGUGCAGGAGUAGGCCAUUCGGCCCUUCGAGCCUGCACCGCCAUUCAAUAUGAUCAUGGCUGAUCAUCCAACUCAGUAUCCCGUACCUGCCUUCUCUCCAUACCCUCUGAUCCCCUUAGCCACAAGGGCCACAUCUAACUCCCUCUUAAAUAUAGCCAAUGAACUGGCCUCAACUACCCUCUGCGGCAGAGAGUUCCAGAGAUUCACCACUCUCUGUGUGAAAAAAGUUCUUCUCAUCUCGGUUUUAAAGGAUUUCCCCCUUAUCCUUAAGCUGUGACCCCUUGUCCUGGACUUCCCCAACAUCGGGAACAAUCUUCCUGCAUCUAGCCUGUCCAACCCCUUAUUUGCAUCGUGCAGGGACAAACACCUGAUUCACUACUGUUGGUAGGUACAUUACGAGGGCAUAUUCAAGAAGAUGUACAUUUUGAGGGGAAAAUUGGACUUGCUCUUCUUCCAGGUCCAUGUUUCCCAGUUGCUGCCACCUUGUGGAGAGUCAGUGCCAAGAUGAUGAUUCUUUCCUGUAUAUGAGGUAGGGUGGUUUGGGUGAAGCACUGUUUGGUGUGGAAGGAGUGGUGGUAUGGACAAACCUGGCAGAGCUUUGGAAAAAUGAAGCCUGUUGCUAGGUUGAGAAGACCUACUGUUGAGGAAGAUGUACAGCAAACUAUUUCAGGCAUUGUACUUUGUACAACAUUCUUUUCUCAGCAGCUGUUUCUAUAAAAUAGCAGGCGACUGUGAAAUGUUCUUUAAAGCAGCAAGGUAAAUGUUCUAGGUUUGUACGAGAAGUUUUCUUUACACGGCACGGUGGGCUUUCUGCCACCAUCGAUCCUGACUACGGGUAUUGUAUGUACAAAUGUUUGUACAUUCUCCCCGUGACCAUGUGGUGUUUCUCCGAGAUCUUCGGUUUCCUCCCACACUGCAGAGACGUACAGUACAGUUUGUAGGUUAAUUGGCUUGGUAUAAAUGUAAAUUGCCCCUAGUGUGUGUAGGAUAGUGUUAGUGUGCAGGGAUGGUUGGUCUGAAGGGCCUGUUUCCACACAGUAUCUCUAUAUGAAUAAACUAAACUAAACUCAAGAAUGUGAACAUUGAACUCAUUCACUGUGAAGAGCAAUUUUCUUUUGCCUGGAAUGAUGGGAUCAUGAAACCCAUCCUACAAGGUACGAAUGAUUUUCUCCUCCCAUACAUUUAGUUGGUCCAAAAGGCAUUGUGCUCUGCCGAUGUCAUCCACAAACAGAUGCAUGCAACUGGUCGUGGUCAACACAUUCCUGGCUUUGUCUGAACCUCAGCAGCUCACAAGUAAACUGGAUGGAUUGGAGUAAAUUUAAUCCAAUACAUUCAUUCAACUGUCUCAUGUAACAUCACCCAAAGCUUUCUGGUAAUAUUGCACACUGUUUAGUGCCAUGCACUCAAGUGACUGGUGGAGUGUGUAUUUCAUGUGGUAUGUACUUUGUGUGGCACCAAGUUUCAUAGUCUGCACACCAGAAUGUAUUGAAUUUUAAUUUAUCUCUUUCUAAUUUUACCAACUGCUGCUUAUAUAAAACCAAAAAUAUUUGAUGUUUAAUCUGCGAUUUUUAUUGCAUGAAGAACUGUCUUGUAUAAGUGAGUCAUAUUUCCAAACAUUCUCCAGUUGGUCCAUUCGAAAAGAUUUUUAAUAUAAGAGUCUGGGUCUGAAUGUUAAUAAGACAUUCUGAAAGGUUCCGUGACCAAGGAGGGGAGACCAAUUUGGGUAUUGCGACUUUUGUCCGUUGAUUUUUGGGUUGUAAAUCAGUUUGGAUACUUGCCUUUUUAUAGCAUAAGGAAUCCCCUGCACACAGUGCCCUACAGCAGUUGUUCAGUUCCAAACAGUUAAUUGCAAGAGACAGUGUGUAAAUGAUGUGACUCGUAAACCUUCCUUUACAGUAUGUUUUUUUUCUUUUGUAAAUUUUGCAAUAUUGCAAGAGUAUAUCAAUAAAUAUUCACUAUUACGAAUGGACCAAUUCUGGUGAGAACAGUGACAAUGGGCUGACCAAGCCUAGGGAACAGGGGCAAAUUAGAUGGGAUACUAACAAUGGUAGCUAUCAGAACACAUGUGUAUGCCAAUGAAUAAGGAAAUUGGAGAAAUUGAACAAGGCAAUGGAAGAAUUGAUUUCCAUUCAAAGUGCCUCCUGUAUAACAAACAAGAAAUGUGGCCAGGUGGGGAAUGAUGUAUCGAGAAUGUGCAAGAAAUGAGCCCCUUUUGACAUAAUCCUUCAGACUCAUCGAUUUCAGCUUUAGUUUGCAAUUGCACCCAUCGAAAACAUGGAGAAAAUUAUUAUUUGAAUGGAAAAAAACACAAUCUAGCUUUGUCUUUGCCAAAUUUAACAAUGUUUUCUGUUUUAUUCCUGUGUGUUUAGUAAUUAAAUAUUAUUUUUUUCA